AAAAAAACAGAGGCACACAAAUAUAGAACCUGAGGCCUUCAGUAUCAGAUUAAUUGCCCAUUCUUCUCAUUUGGUGGUAAGCAGCUAGGAAGUUCUACCUCAUGGCCACACUGUGGGCUGGUGGUGUGUUCUGCUCUUAGGGAGGGUGAAUUCACCUCUGACACCACAUCAGCAGCUCACAGCUGCCCAUGACUCCAGCUCCAGGGAUCCACAGAGACACAUACGUAUAUAGUAUAGCUUUUGUAUAAGUGUAAGCCUCAAAGAGAUUCCAAAAAUAUUAGUUAUGGACCCCAUAGCUAACCUCCAGACAGAACUUCUGAGGGUAGGAUCUGGAGACCUCGACUGAAGAAGACCCCUACCAAGCUAUUCUUAAAAACUGGAUUCUGGAAACCUUAAGAAAGGAGAACAUCUGUAUCAAAUGCCAGGAAUUCUUCAAUUCGACCCCUACAGAAACACUCCUUGGUUAAGAAGUUGUUUUGAGUCACUUCUUUCCUGUGAGGAAAAUUCAUGUCCUCUUUGAGUGCUAAAAAAAAGUCAGAACACAAUGCAUAGGCAUUUAAAGUUUUAUGUUUUCUAUUUAAAAUACUAUUCUAAUGGGGAAUGUCUAAAGACAUGGAAACGUAACUUUAUAGAGGCUCCCGAAAAUAUGGCUGGUGCUAGGACCCAGCAGAACUCAGCAACUUCUGUUGGAGAUGGAACAUCUCCUCAGGGGUGUGGUGCAGUUUUAAGCAGGUACAGAAAAGCCAGUUCUUCCGCAUGUGCACUGCACUGACUCUAUUGCAGCUCUCUCCAAACCACCUCCGGGAUUUUAGCAGCUUCCACACCCGCUCGCUAACCCGCAGACAUGUUUCUGGCAAAGGCGAUCCUGGAAGGGGCAGAUCGGGGGCUUGGGGGGGCUCUUGGAGGCCUUCUUGGAGGAGGCGGUCAGGGUCAGGGAAGAGGAGGCGGAAGCAAUAUCGGAGGGAUCAUUGGAGGAAUUGUCAAUUUUAUCAGCGAGGCUGCUGCAGCUCAGUAUGUCCCAGAGCCGCCUCCCCCGCAGCAGCAGCAUUUUACCACCGUGGAGGCCUCGGAAAGUGAGGAAGUCAGGCGGUUUCGGCACCAGUUUGCACAGCUGGCUGGACCUGACAUGGAGGUGGGUGCCCAUGACCUGAUGAAGAUUCUCAACAAAGUUGUUUCUAAGCACAAGGAUCUGAAGACCGAUGGCUUCAGCCUUGACACUUGCAGGAGCAUUGUAUCUGUCAUGGACAGUGACACGACGGGGAAGCUGGGCUUUGAGGAGUUUAAGUACCUGUGGAACAACAUCAAGAAAUGGCAGUGUGUUUUCAAGAAUUAUGACAGCGACCAUUCUGGCUCUCUCAGAGGCGCCCAGCUGCACGGGGCUGUGCAGGCUGCAGGCUUCCAGCUAAACGAGCGACUUUACCUCAUGAUUGUCCGCCGGUAUGCUAGUGAUGAUGGCAGUAUGGAUUUUAACAACUUCAUCAGCUGCCUGGUCCGUCUGGAUGCCAUGUUUCGCUCUUUCAAAUCCCUGGACCGUGAUGCGGAUGGCCUGAUUCAGGUGUCCCUCCGAGAGUGGCUGCAGCUGACCAUGUAUUCCUGAAGUGGAGGCAGGGAGGGUGAGACCAGCUGUGGAGGACAGAACAGCAGAAAGUCUUGCUGUGUGGACCUUAACUCAUACCCCACCCAACAGCUACCACUUCCUGGGGAGGGGGUGUCUUUUAUAACGCUGUAUAUUCCUGGACAUCUACACUAUACUGCUUGAUUAAAACUAAUUUUGAACAAAAAGUCUUAUGAGUGGUUUGUGUAUUGGCUUUUUGAGAGACAAUUGUAGAGACAUAUAUAUGUGAUGAGGAGAUAUUGGUUGACUUUGAAAGGUUGUUACUUAUUGGUGAAUGGAUUAGCAUUGCUUACAACCCUGGAAUAGAUCAAGAACACAUCAGGGGUAGAGUUUUUCCCUUGAGAAACUGAGAAGGAAAGGUUAAAUUAUGAGUCUGUUCUACUCAAAAUUUCACAUCUGGUCUUUAUAUU